GCGUGGUUUCUACCUUCCCCAAUCGCGAGUCCGCAAGGGACAAUACUUUCCCACACAGCUCACUUCCAGUUUCUUCUAUCGAAGUCGAAAGCGAACGCUGUUCGACAUUGAGAGUUUCCAACAUCCAUAUCAAUGGAGUCCCCAAAACCCUGCAGGCCCUCCCCAAACCCUCUGCUAUCACUCUCCGCCUUCAUCCACCAAAACUGCCUCCGCUUCGGCGCCGAGCUCGCCGGCCGAAUCGAAGAGACCAAGCGCUUCGCCGGAGCCCUAGCCGGAAACUUGCCGGCGGUGGUCAAUCAGCGUCUGCCUUUCUCUCUUCCUUCUCCCCCUUUCGCUUCGUUGACUCAGCCCAAACCCGCGUCGGCCGCCGCCGCCGCCGCCGCUGCCGCCGCUCUCAAAGCCGCUGAUCUCAAGAAUGGAUUCAAUGGAGUUCCUGUUUUUCAGUCAGACCUACUGGUUGUGAAGAAGAAAAACAAGCGUUAUUGCCCAAUAUAUUUUACUAAGGAAGAUAUAGAAAAUGAGCUGGGUAAGGUCUCUAGGGCAUCAAGAGGCCCAGGGGUUUCUCAAAAUAUUCUGGUUGGUAGUCUGGAAGAUGUUUUAAGGAAAAUGGAGGUUAGUGAAAAGGACUCGGGUUGGGAAGAUUUGAUUUUUAUUCCACCUGGCAAAAGUUUCUCCCAGCACAUUCAAGAUGUGAGCAAAAAGUGAAGCGCAGAGCAUGAUUUUAACUGACCACAUUGAAGUUAUCUUUAUAGAAGCAGUGAGUUCAUUACAAAAUCCCAUGACUCACAACCAAGCAGCUGGUCAAAGAAAUGUUGAGGGGAAGCUAAGCUUGAAAAAGAAUAUAGAACGAAACAACCUUCAAACAAUGAUGGAUGUCAUUUUUAUUUGCCAAAGUUGGGUAAAUUGAGGGGAUUGGUUUUAUUGUAUGUGUACAGUUUGAUCAACCUUUUAUUUACAUUUUGGUACUAUUUAGAGUAUUCUAAUACUAAUUAAAGUACCUUUUUUCAUUCUUAA